AGCAACUCAGACAUCCUGGACAAGUUUGGAUCGCGUGACUAAAUUGCGUGACUGUCAGUGAUACGAUGAGUGUACGAACUUCUUUCUGGGCGACCUGAAAUUGCAUGAAGACAAGCCAUUAUGUUAGAGAGCAUCAUCCAAAUYAUCGUUGUAGUUGGGUUCUCAGUGUUCUUGAGAGUGUUUGCCAAAGAACAAUUCGGUGAUUCGAAUGCGUCAGACAAAAAACCGUUAAAUCAGUGUUCCUUUGAAGCAACUGAAGAAGUUAGAAUUAAUCUGUGUACUUUGGAAGGAAAUGUCAUCCUUAAUGUUUCUCAAAGGACAUCCGCUGGGGGAAAUUCGCCAUCAAUUAAAAUCCAUARGUAUUACUGGAUAAACCCUUUUGGUAGGAUACAAAUUGCGAAGGUACCUGAUCUGUCGAGUACCAACUGCCCAAUAAAUUCYACGUCAUGUCUCGUGAGCGAAGUAACAUUCCAGUGUAAAGACAAUCAAGAUGGUGAUGGCGUGUGUUUUAAUGACCAACAAAUCACGGCAGAUUCAUAUGGCAUGCUGGAAAAUUGGACGCCGAAAACCGUAUACCCUCCGGUGUCAAGCAAUGGGAACGUGAAGGGAUCGACUGCCUCCAUCACCAUGUACGGAAGACCUUGCUAUUACUGCAGUGACUCUGAUCUAAACCUGAGUACGGUGAUUGGAUUUUACUGCGAUGAAAGAAUAACGGGUAAAGGAAAACCGAUCAUAAAACAACAACCAACCAAACACAAUCCUGAAGUCUUGCUUCACUGGAACACAUCUGCGGCUUGUUACGAGUUCAUCAAAAAUGAAAAAUGCACUUUUCCCGAUUUUUUUGAGACUUUCUGCAAUGAUAAUGCUUUCGGCUGCAACUCCAGUCAGGUUCACAAAAACCAUCAGUAUAGUUUUCCAUCGAGUAAAAACAGUUCUUUAAGUUUCGUAAGUUCAAGUAUUACAUACACCUUUGGGUUUUGUGCGAGGGAUGUUGAGUGUAACACAACAGAUGACAAAAACGUUAUGAUAUGUAAGAAGGAAGGUCAAGAUCUCAAGCCUUUGGCGUAUUAUAACGAUAACGUGGAGUUUAUCGCAAGACCGACAGGCUUUGUUAUGCGAAUUAAAGAACAGUCAGGCGACUCUGUGAAAGCUGUUAUCAGUUUUGAGUGUUUAUCAACCGAUGACAUCAGCUUGACGUCUGUGCUGGAGGAGGAUAAUGUGCCAAUUCUCUUGAUUAUAAGGCAUUCCUGUUUCUGUCCGAACAUGAGCGACUCAUCGCAAGACAAGAAGAAGGGCCCAACUAUAGAUCAAAAUAAAACGUGGCCAGUCAUGAUUUUCGUGGUUUUCACAGUGUGCGUUUUAGUUGCAUUCCUGAUCUAUGUCAAACACAAAUCUAGGACAAGAACUAGAACUGAGGAGCCGCCCCCCAACAAUGGCAGAGAUCUUUAUGGUGAUGGCAAUGAUAGUGAUUUCCUAUUAAAUAAUAAGAGUCCACCUAAUACUUACGACAGCUGCAAAACCAUGUUCUGUUCUUUAACUGCAGCAAGCAAUGGUAUGUAUCUGCAAGUUGUUCUUAAAUACUUGGUAUAUCAAUACACUGAUGUUCAGCCGCUUCUUGACGAUCACUGA